GGAAGGGGCGGUGGAGCCGGGCCGGGCCGCUCCUGGCCGUGGCGAUGCUGCGGGCGGCGGGGGGUCGCCAUGUCGCCUGCGCCGUGUCCGGCGGGGUGGACAGCGCCGUGGCGGCGCUGCUGCUGAGGCGCCGAGGCUACCAAGUGACGGGUGUCUUCAUGAAGAACUGGGACCCUCUGGAUGAGCAAGGAGCCUGCUCUGUCGACAGAGAUUGCGAAGAUGCUUACCGGGUCUGUCAGAAGCUUGAUAUCCCUUUUCACCAGGUUUCCUACGUGAAGGAAUACUGGAAUGAAGUAUUCAGUGACUUCUUAAAAGAGUAUGAAUUGGGAAGGACACCUAAUCCUGAUAUUGUGUGUAACAAGCAUAUAAAAUUCAACUACUUUCUUCACUAUGCUAUGGAUAACCUUGGAGCCGAUGCAAUUGCUACCGGGCAUUACGCUAGGACGUCACUGGAGGAUGAGGAAGUUUUUAAACAGAAAUACACUAAAAGACCACAAGGGCUUUUCAGAAACCGGUUUGAAGUUAGAAAUACUGUAAAACUCCUUCAAGGAGCUGACCUCUUUAAAGACCAGACCUUCUUUCUAAGUCAGGUCUCCCAGGAUGCUUUGAGGAAAACCAUUUUUCCUUUAGGGGAUUUAACAAAAAGCUUCGUAAAGAAGAUAGCAUCGGAACAUGGCCUUCAUCAUGUGCUAAAGAAAAAAGAGAGUAUGGGAGUUUGUUUCAUUGGUGAAAGAAACUUCAAAAAAUUCCUUCUUGAGUAUUUAGAACCUCGGCCAGGGAACUUUGUUUCCAUUGAAGAUAAGAAGGUUCUGGGAACACACAAAGGUUGGUUCCUCUACACAAUAGGCCAGAGGGCUGGGCUAGCAAAUGUGAAGGAUGCUUGGUUUGUUGUAGAUAAAGAUGUCAGCACUGGAGAUAUCUUUGUGGCACCAUCAACAAAUCACCCUGCUCUGUACAGAGACCUGUUGCGGACAAAUCGAGUGCACUGGAUAGCAGAGGAACCUCCUGCAGAGCUCGUUAGGGAUAAAAUGAUGGAAUGUCAUUUCAGGUUUCAGCACCAGAUGGCACUGGUGCCUUGUGUGCUGACUCUGAACCAAGAUGGGAGUGUGUGGGUGACACUAGUGAAGCCAACAAGAGCUCUCACACCUGGGCAGUUUGCUGUGUUCUACAAGGGCGAUGAGUGCCUGGGCAGUGGGAAGAUCCUAAGGCUGGGCCCGUCGGUGUUUACCAUGCAACAGGGCAAAAACCGAGAGGAGGGUGCAAAGAAGGAAGACAUUGAUACGGUAGAACCAGCAACAUAGCGUCUGGGUUUGCUUAUUGAAGGACUGAAAAAAUUGCUGCCUGAGAAUAAGAAAAACAAUAAUAAACAUAUUUUUUUAUUGGUCUGUAUGUUCUGAAGGUCAGUUGACUAUCUAGUCCCAGCUCUUGACUGUUAGCACUGAACAGGUUUAAAACAGAAGCUAGUUUGGUACAAUGUUAUAGAACUGGGUGGUGAUAUUUAUGUUAAUAUGUAUCAAGGAGUGUCUUAAAGUCGUUUGGUAAUAGUAAUUGCAAAUACAAGGAUUUUAAUAUAAAAAGCAUCAUGGCUGAAAUUAUGAACUUAUCUUUUAUGUCUAAGUGAUUUUUUUUUCUUACUUGAAGAUGCCUGUUCCUAGGUAAAGUCUGUGUGUUUUACAGUAAAUGUGUGCUCAUGCAUUGAACUCUGGGAAAGGAAUGAAUGAUGCUUAAGUCCAGUAUUUUGCCUGAACACUGAGCAACAGAUAUUUAUUUUUAAUCUGAUAUAGUUUUAUAAAAAAAGUUCUAGAUUCUUAAACUGUACUAAGUAGUGUUUUAAAACAUUUGCUAUUCAGAAGUAUAAAUCUAGGAGCUUUAAAACAGUCUUAAUAUUUAUUUUUUUUGCCACAAUUGACUAAUUUUUUGUUAACUACUGAGAGCAGAGGCUCUUUUCAGUCCUGGAAGAGAGAAUAUGUUGUCAUGCUUCAGAAAAAUGCAAUUGCAUAUGUGUUUCCUUAUUAUAUAGCUAACAAUAUAGGUCAGAUAAUAAUUCGUUCUCGGAUCGUGCCACUUGUCAAUAUGGAGUGGUUAUUAGGAAGAACCAAAUCCCUCUGUCCAAAUUAUACACAGUUAGGAUUGAGUGUAUAUCGCGAACACCCUACACUUUCAAUAACACUUCAUUAGAGCAAGUCAACAAAAAUAAAUUCCUAUAUUUCCACACAGUAAUAGGAGGUAACUCAUUAAGGCACAGCUAUGCAGGAGCAAGAGUUAUUAAAUUGGUGUAGAAUUUUGAAAUUGUAUCCAGUUUGGGCAGUAGGAAAGCUCUAACAUGAAUAGAUCUCUUCAGCAGAUUUGAAAGCUUGCUGAAGUUACACAUCACCUCCUGUCCUUUUCUGGUGUCUUAGUUUCUUUUAAGAAUACAUUUUAUUCAUUCUUGUGAGAAAAAUUAAAAGGAAUCACUUUUCUCCAAAGUGUGGAAAUUAAAAGGGGGAGAAGACACUUCUGUGUCCAGCUGCUAAUCUGGCAAAGUUAAACACACAGUUCAGGAAGUGUUGUGGGGGG